AUGGUCUUCAAAUUUCCUGCAACAAGUUAUGCAGCUUCUAUGGUAAACCGGCUAUCAUGUAAUAGCCCUCAUGAGCGCUCAUCAGAGCAACAAUUUACUUCAGAUGCUGUCAUUAAGGAUUGUAUGUGCAUGGAACCAAAUGAAGCCGAAGAUAGUGGUAAUGGAGCAGCAAGCCACAAGCGAAUUUCUAAGUAUCCAAGGGAGAAGCACCAGCUUUCUCUGUGGAUCAUCUGGGGAAUGGACGCCGCCGCUGCCGUUGUGGAUCAUCUGAUAUAA